AUUGUACCCUCCCCGAUCAACGAGGAAAGUUGAAACUUCCAUUUGAUCUGCAGAUAUGGCACCCCACGCGGACACAAUACCGACGCCGGAGACUUCCUCAGCCGGAACCGGGAAUGCAAGACCACACAAACACCUCCGCGUGUCAGGUUCAAAGAUUGUCGACGAGUCCAAUAAUCAUAUCAUGCUCAAAGGCACCGCUCUAGGAGGCCAUCUGAACAUGGAAAACUUCAUCACCGGCUACUCAGGCCACGAACACGAACACCGCGCAGCCAUGGCGGAAAUCCUCGGCGACGAGAAAGCCGCAUACUUCUUCGACCGAUUCAUCCACUACUUCUUCCGGGACGAAGACGCAGAAUUCCUCGCCUCGCUCGGCCUCAACUGUCUGCGAGUUCCAUUCAACUACCGGCAUUUCAUCGAUGAUCAAGAUCCGGCUGUCAUCAAGCAGUCGGGAUUCGCUCUGCUCGAUAACAUUGUCAAUAUUUGUGCUCGACAUGGUCUGUAUGUCAUUCUUGAUCUCCAUACUGCUCCUGGCGGACAGAAUCCGGACUGGCAUGCCGAUAGCGGUGUUUCUCGUGCGCAGUUCUGGGACUUCAAGGUAUUCCAGGACCAGGCGAUUGAUUUGUGGGUGGAGAUUGCAAAGCAUUAUGCUGGAAAUCCGGUCAUUGCUGGCUACAAUCCUUUGAAUGAACCCGCAGACUCGAAACACGUUCGGCUCGUGGCGUGGUAUGACCGUGUCGAGAAAGCCAUUCGCAGCGUUGAUCCGGACCACAUCCUUUUCCUCGACGGCAACACUUUCGCGAUGGACUUCUCGCAUUUCGACUCGGUUCUGCCAAAUACAGUGUACGCCUGCCACGACUAUGCGCAGCUCGGCUUCCCGAUCCCCGGUCAGGCUCCAUACACCGGAACUGAUGAGCAGAACGCCAAGCUGCGCAGCACGUUCGACCGCAAAGCAGAGUUCACCCGGAAACAUGGCGUCCCACUGUGGAACGGUGAAUGGGGUCCCGUCUACUCCGACGGACGCAAAGACCCCAAUGCCGCAUCCACGAACAAAGCCAGACUAGGUGUCCUCCGUGAACAACUCAACAUCUACGCGGAAACGCAGACAAGCUGGUCAAUCUGGACAUACAAAGACGUCGGCUACCAAGGCAUGGUCUACGCCUCGCCUGACUCGCCAUACCUCAAACUCAUCGAACCCUUUAUCGCGAAGAAACAGGCUCUCGGGCUGGACUUCUGGGGUGUGGUCGAUAAGUCUGGGGUGGCGGGCACGUAUGGUCCGUUUCUGAGGGAUUUGAAGGAGAUGGUACCGGAACAUUUGAGGAAUUCGAAGUAUCCCCCGCAUUGGUCGUUCGAGAGGCAGGUGGAGAGGGUGGUGAGGGAGUGUUUGAUAAGUGAGUAUUUGGGGAAGGAGUUUGCGGAGUUGUUUAGGGGGAAGACUUUUGAGGAGAUUGAUGAGUUGGCGGGGAGUUUUAGGUUUGAAGGGUGUGUUAAGAGGGAUGGGUUGAAUGAGGCGCUGAGGGAGGAUGCUGCGAGGAGUGUGAUGUAG